AGAUUUGUUAUAUAUUCAUCUGGUCAUACCAGGGCCAGCAGAAGAGUGGGUGGCCCUCUGUCAUGGAAACUUAUUCACUUCCCACCACAGCUCUCUUUCUGACAAAUGUGAUAUUGAUUUAUUCGCUCUUGGUCUCAGCCAAUCGGCAAAAUCUGAAAGAGAGCUUGGAUCCGUCUCUGCUUCCUCCAAACUUUCUCUUUGGGACUGCCUCUUCUUCUUAUCAGUAUGAAGGUGCUUAUUUAGAGGAUGGUAAAGGGUUGAGCAAUUGGGAUGUUUUUAGCCACAAACCAGGAACAGUAAGUGAUGGAAGCAAUGCGGAUGUUGCCUUGGAUCAAUACCAUCGUUAUCAUGAAGACAUUGAAUUAAUGGAAACCCUUGGAGUAAACAGCUACAGGUUCUCAAUUUCAUGGGCACGGAUUUUACCCAAAGGGCGAUUUGGAGAUGUCAAUGUGGCUGGGAUUAGCUUCUAUAACAGGCUUAUAGAUGCUCUUCUACAUAGAGGGAUUGAACCAUUUGUAACAUUAUCUCACUUUGUUAUUCCUCAAGAACUAGAGGAUAGAUAUGGAGGUUGGCUAAGUCCCAAUUCACAGGAAGAUUUCGCAUAUUUUGCAGACAUAUGUUUUAGGUCGUUUGGAGACAGGGUUAAGUACUGGGUUACCUUCAAUGAGCCUAACCUGCAAGCUUCAAUGGCUUAUCGUCUAGGAAUACAUCCACCGGCUCGCUGCUCACGCCCAUUCGGGAAUUGUACUGCUGGGGAUUCAGAGAAGGAACCCUUUGUAGCUGCACAUAAUAUGAUCCUAUCUCAUGCAGCUGCUGUAGAUAAUUACAGAUCCAAUUAUCAGAGGGCACAAGGAGGCAGCAUUGGGAUUGUUUUAUAUAGCUCAUGGUUUGAGCCCAUCAGUAACUCUACAGCAGAUAAGUUAGCCGCCGAAAGAGCUCAAUCCUUUUGGUUAAAAUGGAUCUUGGACCCAAUUAUAUAUGGUCGAUAUCCGCCAGAGAUGAGAAAAGUUCUAGGAUCUAUUUUGCCAGAAUUUUCAGGCACUGACAAGCAAAAACUGAAGCAAGGAUUAGAUUUUAUCGGCGUCAAUCAUUACAGUAGUUACUUUGUCCAAGAUUGCAUCUUUUCUUCUUGUGAACAUGGACCAGGAACCUCGAAAACAGAAGGUUCUUAUAGACAAACCUCAGAGAAAAAUGGAGUACCAAUUGGGAAACCUACUACCAUCUGGUGGCUAAAUGAUUAUCCAGAAGGAAUGCAAAGGAUUGUCACCUACGUCAAAGAGGCAUACAACAAUAUACCCAUCUUCAUUACGGAAAAUGGGUAUGGUGAAGUGACUAAUCACAAUUUGAAAAUUGGCGAAUAUCUGAAUGAUGUCAAGAGAGUGGAAUAUAUGGCUGCGUACUUAGAUGCCCUCUUGUCAACGGUAAGAGAUGGAGCAGAUGUGAGGGGGUAUUUCUACUGGACCUUGCUUGAUGACUUCGAAUGGACAGAUGGUUAUACAGAAAGGUUCGGACUUCACUAUAUUGAUUACAGCACACUGAAAAGAACACCAAAGUUAUCAGCAACUUGGUACAAAGAGUACAUAGCAAAGCAUAAGGUGCUAAAGGUCCAAAUGCCAGAACCUGAUAGACAACAUUAUGAAUAUUAUUGCAGAUUUGUUAUAUAUUCAUCUGGUCAAUACCACGGCCAGCAGAAGAGUGGGUGCCCCUCUGCCAUGGCAACGUAUUCACUUCACACAGCUCUCUUUCUAACAAAUGUGAUAUUGAUUUCUUCGCUCUGCGUCUCAGCCAAUCGGCAAAAUCUGAAAGAGAGCUUGGAUCCAUCUCUGCUUCCUCCAAACUUUCUCUUUGGGACUGCCUCCUCUUCUUAUCAGUAUGAAGGUGCUUAUUUAGAGGAUGGCAAAGGGUUGAGCAAUUGGGAUGUUUUUAGCCACAAACCAGGUACAGUAAUUGAUGGAAGCAAUGGGGAUGUUGCUUUGGAUCAAUACCAUCGUUAUCAUGAAGACAUUGAAUUAAUGGAAACCCUUGGAGUAAACAGCUACAGGUUCUCAAUUUCAUGGGCACGGAUUUUACCCAAAGGGCGAUUUGGAGAUGUCAAUGUGGCUGGGAUUAGCUUCUAUAACAGGCUUAUAGAUGCUCUUCUACAUAAAGGGAUUGAACCAUUUGUAACAUUAACUCACUUUGAUAUUCCUCAAGAACUAGAGGACAGAUAUGAAGGUUGGCUAAGUCCCAAUUCACAGGAAGAUUUCGCAUAUUUUGCAGACAUAUGUUUUAGGUCAUUUGGAGACAGGGUGAAGUACUGGGUUACUUUCAAUGAGCCUAACCUGCUAGCUUCAAUGGCUUAUCGACGAGGAAAACUUCCACCAGCUCGUUGCUCACGCCCAUUCGGGAAUUGUACUGCUGGGGAUUCAGAGAAGGAACCCUUUGUAGCAGCACAUAAUAUGAUCCUAUCUCAUGCAGCUGCUGUAGAUAAUUACAGAUCCAAUUACCAGAGGGCACAGGGAGGCAGCAUUGGGAUUGUGGUACAUAGCUCAUGGUUUGAGCCCAUCAGUAACUCUACAGCAGACAAGUUAGCCGCUGAAAGAGCUCAAUCCUUUUGGUUAAAAUGGAUCUUGGACCCAAUUAUAUAUGGUCAAUAUCCGCCAGAGAUGACAGAAGUUCUAGGAUCUAUUUUGCCAGGAUUUUCUGGCACUGACAUGCAAAAAUUGAAGCAAGGAUUAGAUUUUAUAGGCAUCAAUCAUUACAGUAGUUACUUUGUCCAAGAUUGCAUCUUUUCUUCUUGUGAACAUGAAGAAGGAACCUCUAAAACAGAAGGUUCUUAUAGACAAACUUCAGAGAAAAAUGGAGUACCAAUUGGGGAACCUACUACCAUCUGGUGGCUAAAUGAUUAUCCAGAAGGAAUGCAAAGGAUUGUCACCUACGUCAAAGAGGCAUACAACAAUAUACCCAUCUUCAUUACAGAAAAUGGGUAUGGUGAAAAGAAUAAUCACAAUUUGAAGAUUGACGAAUAUCUGAAUGAUGUCAAGAGAGUGGAAUAUAUGGCUGACUACUUAGAUGCCCUCUUGUCAGCAGUAAGAGAUGGAGCAGAUGUGAGGGGGUAUUUCUACUGGACCUUGCUUGAUGACUUCGAAUGGAUAGAUGGUUAUACAGAAAGGUUCGGACUUCACUAUAUUGAUUACAGCACACUGAAAAGAACACCAAAGUUAUCAGCAACUUGGUACAAAGACUACAUAACAAAAUAUAAGCUGCUAAAGGUCCAAAUGCCAGAACCUGAUAGACAACAUUACGAAUAUUAGCACACUUCUUCUCAUAUAUAUUGUUUCUUAUCUUUUUGAGGUCAAUAUUGAACCAGAUACAAGGCAUGGUAAUUGCCCUCUACUUCUGGUAUUAUACUGGCUACUGCUUCGCAAGAUGUUUCCAACAUUAUAUUUCCCGUUCAAAACACGCCCAUGAUUACUAACAAGGCAUGGUAAUUGCACUCUA